AUGGUGGUACCUCUUACCUCGCCGACUGCUUCAAAGGGUGUUGGCAUAACUUAUGUUGGUUGUGACUCUAUACCCACAACGGUUGUUGUUACAUCUUCUGGCAGCCUUUUUUCCACUUCGGAAAGAUCGGUGUUGGGCCCUUUGGAUUGGUUUGUUGUGGCAGCUAAAGUUGAAGAUGGUUGGAUUACUCCUCCAAAGCCACAAGACACGCAGGUUCGUGUCAUUGAUUUGCACGCCUUGGGAGCCCAAGAUCUUCAACAAGAGACCAUUGCAGCAAUCUCAAACGCUGCACAAAACUGGGGAUUCUUUCAGAUCGUCAAUCAUGGAAUCCCAAGCUCUCUUAUUUCUCGCAUGCAAGCCGUGGGCAAAGCCUUUUUCGAUCUUCCGCUUGCAGAAAAGGAGCUGUAUAAAAGUGAACUUGCUGGGAGCCCAAUUGGGUAUGGAAGCAAGCUAGGAUACUCCCCAGAUGCUAAAUUGGACUGGGGAGAUUAUCAUCACAAUGUUACUUUGCCUCCACACAGGAGAAACAUGUCUAAAUGGCCCACUUAG